GAGAGGGAGAGCAAGCGAGAGAAAACGCGGAAUAGAGGGAGACUAUACACGCUGUAGCAUCAGUAUGUGACUGCUUGUGCCUGAUAACACUGAUGCCGAGCUCCUUCAGUGGACAAUUUGCUGAGCUACAUUUUUCCAUUUGCAAGAGGAUUCCAGCUCUAAACCAGUGCAAUUGAUGAGAGACUGGACGUUGGAAUAGUUUGGUUUACUUAUAAUUACAUCUCUUAUGUUCUGCAUCUCUGAAGAAAGGUUUAUUACAGAAGACAAAAAUUAAUCCUAUCCCCUUAGCUCACAUAAUACUGAUGAUAUACAGAGUUUGAUCUUCCAGUGAAGGCUGCUGAACUCUCAGGCUUCUGAUAUCUUCAGUGGAGACUCACAAGACUGUUUGACAGAAAACAUAUUUCUCAGCUCUUGGUUAGUCAUCGAUUAGUUACACAACAAAUUCAAGACCAGAAGACAAAAAGGGAGCUGAGGUAGUAAUUCUUCGGAAGAAUUAAAACACCAAUGUCUUUGAGGUGUUGUGAAAUGAGCAAAGAAUGAAUUUUAUGUGAUGUAAGCAGAGAAGAGAAGAAUAGCCUUCUGGCUAGAGCACUGGUCCGGAGCCCAAGAAGCAGCUAAAGAGGCAGUAGGUUUGAUUUGGCAAGUCAUUUGGAAAAGGAGGAGUGCAGAAGUGCCCUGUAACUGCUGAACAAUAGAAAAUGGUCGGCUGUGGAACUCUAUUGUGAAGACCUCAGAAGAAAUAUCAAUUUUUCCAGUCAGCUUUUCAUAAUGUGAAUAUAAUUUGAGCUUUCCCAAAUGGGCAGCUAAACAAUGAACAAGCAGAAAAACCCAUUUUGGACUGUAUUUCUGAACCAGGCUUCACCUUCUGUCUCGGGAACUUAUUAAAGGAUUACAGCUGAAAAAGACGAGAGAAAGAAAACCUUGAACAGGAAACUUAUCCUACCAUGAAAAUUACAAGUACAUCUUGUAUCUGCCCAGUCCUAGUUUGUCUCUGUUUUGUGCAGAGGUGUUAUGGAGCUGCUCACCAUGGCUCCAUCAAGGUGACCAGAAAUCAAACCAAACAUGUAGAAGGCGAAACAGAAGUGCAUCAUCGUCCCAAGCGUGGAUGGGUGUGGAAUCAGUUCUUUGUUUUAGAAGAACACAUGGGACCAGAUCCUCAGUAUGUAGGAAAGCUGCACUCCAAUUCCGACAAAGGUGAUGGAUCAGUCAAAUACAUUCUUACUGGAGAAGGGGCGGGGACUAUAUUUAUUAUUGAUGACACGACUGGAGACAUCCAUUCAACCAAAAGCCUAGAUCGAGAGCAGAAGACACACUAUGUGCUUCAUGCCCAAGCUAUUGAUAGACGGACAAACAAGCCACUUGAGCCUGAAUCUGAAUUUAUUAUCAAAGUGCAGGAUAUCAACGACAACGCACCAAAAUUUACAGAUGGACCAUACAUUGUUACUGUGCCAGAGAUGUCUGAAAUGGGUACAUCAGUUCUACAGGUCACAGCCACAGAUGCAGAUGACCCUACAUACGGAAACAGUGCAAGAGUAGUGUACAGUAUUCUUCAGGGACAGCCAUAUUUUUCUGUUGACCCCAAAACAGGAGUCAUCAGGACUGCCUUGCACAACAUGGACAGGGAAGCCAGAGAGCAUUAUUCCGUUGUCAUUCAAGCCAAAGAUAUGGCUGGGCAGGUCGGAGGGCUGUCAGGGUCAACAACUGUAAAUAUCACACUCACUGAUGUCAACGACAAUCCACCCAGGUUUCCUCAGAAACAUUAUCAACUCUAUGUUCCUGAAUCAGCUCAAGUUGGAUCAGCUGUUGGCAAAAUCAAAGCAAAUGAUGCAGACACUGGUUCAAAUGCAGACAUGAAGUACACUAUUAUAAAUGGUGAUGGGUCUGGGGUGUUCUCCAUAUCUACUGACAAAGAAACAAGGGAAGGAAUUCUUUCCCUAAAGAAGCCACUCAACUACGAAAAAAAGAAAUCAUACACACUUAAUAUCGAAGGAGCAAAUACUCACCUUGAUUUCCGCUUUUCGCACUUGGGACCGUUCAAAGAUGUAACAAUGUUGAAGAUCAUUGUUGGUGAUGUGGAUGAACCUCCGCUCUUCACUAUGCCUUCCUAUGUCAUGGAAGUUUAUGAAAAUGCGAAGAUCGGGACUACUGUUGGCACAGUAACAGCACAAGAUCCUGACACUGCCAACAGUUUAGUGAGAUAUUUCAUUGAUCAUAACAUGGAAGAAGAUAGGUAUUUCACCAUUGACGCUAGUACUGGGACCAUUAAGACUGCCAAGAUCUUUGACAGAGAGGAGACACCUUGGUACAACAUCACAGUGGCUGCUUCUGACACAGACAAUCCCGAGCUAGUGAGCCACGUUCCAGUUGGUGUUAGAAUCCUGGACGUCAAUGACAACCCUCCAGAGCUUGCCAGAGAGUAUGAUGUAGUUGUCUGUGAGAAUGCAAAGCCUGGUCAGGUUAUUCAGACUAUCACUGCAACUGACAAAGAUAACUCUGCAAAUGGGGCAAGAUUCCGUUUUUCCCUUGAUGAAGGGCUUUCUUUGAAUCCCAACUUUACUCUAAGGGACAAUGAAGAUAAUACAGCCAGUAUCCUGACAAGACGGAGGAGAUACAGUCGAACCACUCAGGAUAUCUAUUACCUCCCAGUUUUGAUUUCUGAUGGUGGAGUGCCCCCUCUCAGCAGCAGCAGUACUCUCACAAUUAGGGUUUGUGCAUGUGAGAGAGAUGGACGUGUAAGAACUUGUCAUGCUGAAGCUUUCCUCUCCUCGGCUGGCUUGAGCACAGGAGCUUUAAUCGCAAUCCUGCUCUGUGUUGUAAUUCUUCUUGUUUUCUCUUUAGCAAUUGUGGUCCUUUUCAUCACCCUAAGACGCAGCAAGAAGGAGCCCUUGAUCAUUUCUGAAGAAGAUGUCCGGGAAAAUGUUGUGACAUAUGAUGAUGAGGGUGGUGGAGAAGAAGACACGGAGGCAUUUGACAUCACAGCGCUGCGGAAUCCAUCAGCUGCUGAGGAGUUAAAAUACCGGAGGGAUGUUCGUCCUGAAGUGAAGCCUGUGCUCAGGCAUCAUCCCUCCUCAAGCCUUGACAGUAUAGACGUUCAGGAGUUCAUUAAACAAAGACUGGCAGAAGCUGAUCUGGACCCCAGUGUGCCCCCGUAUGACUCCCUACAGACAUAUGCCUAUGAGGGUCAUAGAUCAGAAGCUGGAUCUAUCAGUUCUCUGGAUUCAGCCACAACACAUUCUGACCAGGAUUAUAAUUACCUUGGAGACUGGGGACCUGAAUUCAAGAAGCUAGCUGAACUCUAUGGGGAAAUAGAAUCAGAAAGAACAACUUAGUUGUAAUUCCCAGAGCAGAGAAGUUCCUAUACAACUGGAGAUAUAAUGACAGCAACAGUAACAAAAAAUGAAUACAGUACUUGGAACUGAGCAAGUUGUACGCAGUUACUGUAGAACAAGUGCCCUUUUCAUAUUUGAAACUGGGUUCUCCAAUUGGAAGAAAGUCAAAUUUUGAAAAAUACAGAAAAAAGAAGCUAUUGUCCCUUGUGUAUAUUUUUUAAUUGCUCAAUAAAGUCCGUGGUACCAUAUCUGUAAUAAUACCUGAAGUAAAGCCAAGCAAUGACAUUUUUAUUGCAAUAUGCUUAACACCUCUAAGCUACAGUAAGUUUAUGGUCAUGCCUGUUUAGGAAGAUAGCUAAUGGAGGAGCAAAUCUCUUGCAGGUGGUUGUGAUGUUGCAUUUCUAGCUGUUCUGUAGGCCUUGUGAUCCCAAUGUGAGGUAGCCAAAGGGGUUUACUAUCAGUGUGAGAAGUGCUAACAGUCUGUUUCCUUCACAGAAGGGAUAAGCCACACCUGUCCUCUUAAAUAAAUGGUCCUUUGAUGAUUUAAUCUUAUUGAAUUAGCAGGUUGCAUUGAGAUGAUGUCAUUUCAUUAUGUCCUUCAUAAUAUUUUCAUCCAUAACCAGCUAACAGAGGGAGGAUAUCAUUAGCUGUUAGCUCAAACAUGGCUCUAGCCAUCACUGGAGCCCUGUUCUGUUACUGUGUGCUAGAGGAACUGUUGUGCUUUUUCUUUUUGUCUUUUCAUGGGAACAUCAUUCAUUUAAAUGGAAUGGGCCCAAAGUACUCUCUAUGCAGCAAAGCAGAUGAAGCAUAGGCUCUUUCAAUAAAAACAACAAUGGCAGCACCAUUAAACUAUGCAGUUGUUUGGUUCACUGUGCUUCACUUAUGUCAACAGAUGAAGCUUUUCAAGUCUUUUGCUGGUCUGAGUCCAGGAGCUAAAACAGUUAGUUUAAAACACAGAGUUCUUAACCAUAAUGUCUCUAUUUCCGUGUGUGACUAAAAGCAAAAUACAGCUGCUGUAAGACACUGGGACAGCAAAAAUUGAAACAAAAGGAGUAAGAUGAUGUUGCCUUUUUCUUUUUAGUUCAGUCUACGGGUAUUUAAUUUCCCUUAGAGUAAUUUAUGUCUGAGAAAGUUUUCUAUUUCUAUUUCUAUUUUCUAUUUUCAUCAUUUUAAGUCAGUGGAGGAAGAAAAAAAUAAAGUGUAUCAUUACUGUGGUUCCUAUGUAUUAAAUAAGUUGAUUUUUGUGUUAAUAACUUUUUAGCCUUGCAGAACUGCUAUACAGUUCUGCUUAACAUUGCAGGCUGCUUAACACCUAAUCCAGGAGAUUCUUAUGUUUUCCUUUGUUUGUUUGAAACUUUUAACCUUUUGUUUGUCUUUCUUGUGAUAAUACUGUGAGAGAACCAGGAGCUCAUAAUAUCCCAUGAAAAAUUAUGACUUACAAGGCUCACCAUCUAUUACAGCUUUCCGCUUCUAAGAAAACUGUAGCUCUGCUUAGGAAAGUGGACUUCUUGCAAUAUGUGUUUGAUAGGGAAACUAUACUGAGCAGAAGCUGUGUACUUUUUUUUUACUCUCUGGGCUGGUGUGGAGACUGAUUCAGAUCCAUGCACUCCACUAGAUUCCUCCCUUUGUUUUAGGUGCCACUUACAUUCAGCUUAGUAUAGAAGGGUCUGUCUUGCUGACCUACUGUGGGCCACACAAGUGAACCACAUUAUUAAGCCUUCCUUUCUUUACUGUAUGGUUGGGUAGGUCCUAGAUAUGACUGAAACUUCUGAUCAGCUCUGCUUUGAGGUUGUUUUUUUUAAUUUUAAAUGCACAACUACAUCUUGAGAUGUAGUUGACUGCUUUUGGUUUAAACAGCCUUCUGGAAAAAUUAGCAAGCAGCUCUGUAAAAAACUUUUCAAACUCUAAAAAUGUUUUAGUUGCUCUGUAGUCACAGAAUUGUUUUUUACUACACUGUUUUAUUUGCCACUUGAAAACUAACAUUUCCCUUUCUGUCAACAUCUGAACCCAUGAGGCAAUUUAGAGGGGAAAGAAGCCCUAACCCUACAAUGUUUUGAUUAAGAUUUGAAAGUACUUUAAUAAUCUGUGUUCAGAUUUAUUUUUUUUUUUUAAGUUUUACCAAAUAGAGAAUCUUCUAGAAAUGCAUUUAAGGAGAGAUUCUCAUUAUAGAGUAAAGUUAAAUGUAUGCUUUAAUUUAGUAAGAGUUAUACUCAAUUUUAGAAUGGUUCAUGUAUUGUCUUUUUUGGGGGGGUAGAGUUAUGUUUCAGUUUUGUCCCAAAUGAAGCAACUAGUAAUGCAGGAUUUUAUGAGGAGGAAUUUUCCUUUGAUUUAGAUCGUACUUGAUUUAUGCUAACAUCUAAGUUUUUAUAUUGUAUAAGUAGAGUGCUAAAAUGUAAAUUUUUCAGCAUUAGUAGUACCACGGUCCAUAAUAUUUUGUACCACAUCUGCAUAAAAACUGCAUUCAUUGUUGUAUUACAGUUUUGAGAAUCAGGUAUUAGUUAUCUUUAUGUCUGUUCCCUCUGGCCCUACACAGAAGCAGGGAAAAUCAGUUGUAUUUUGUGCUUUAAGCAGUGUUCCCACCUUUUUUUUUUUUUUUUUAUCAUAGAACAUUCAGGUGUAAAGCCAACAGUGCAGUGACAUAAACAAGUCACUCCUUACACUCAUGUUCUGAUUAAGCUAAUGAGAGAAGGAGGUUAUAACUUAGAGAAAGGAGUCCCCUUUUCGCCAUUCCUUAUGCUCUCUUUGCUGCUGUAUGUGCAUUGUACCCACAGCCCCAGGAAAUUCUGAAUCCUUUAAAACUCUUCAGGGUUAUUGAGACGCUGCUUCAGUGAUGCUGCAGUGUGUCCCAUUUGAUACAUCCUAUCCACAGUGAUGGCCAAAUGUGCUUUUCUAUCAUGAUACAUCUGCAUGCUUUCUAUGCUUAAUGUUUUUUACUCAAAUACACAUCACAGUGCUGUGUUGUUUGCAUGACAAAUAGCAGAAUAUUAAAUCUUCAGGGCCACAGCAAAGGCCUCAUGGUGCAGAAAGAACAGGUUUACAGAUUGCUUUCCUGAUCCCACAGAUUUUUCCUUUGGUCCUUUGUGCUCUAGAAACAAAUUUAAACUGUACUUGGGAAUUUCUAUGUUAACAUUGAUUAAACAGGAAGAAAAUUAACACUGCCAUGGAGGGCAUGAUCAUUUUGUAGCAUUACUGAUUUAAACAAAGUAUACAUUCAGUGAAAUAUCAUGGGAAACUCUUUCCUAGUUUAUGGUUAAGUCUAAUUGUAUAGACUUUGCUUAAAGCUUUCACAGAUCUUUUGUGUACUCAUAUUCUCCAAUAUUUUCCUAUUAGACUAGAUAAUCCUGUUGCUCUUAACAACUAAAUGCUGAAAACCAUCGGUUUUACUUAAACUGGAAGAUAAUAAGUGAAAUUAAAUGGUACAUACAAAGUGGUGCUUAAGGGCUUUCCGAUUUACAAUUUUAUUUCAGCAACAGCUAUUCAACUAAUAGUAUCAUUACACCAAAUUAGUCGCAUUCCUUCAAACAAACCCUCUUUCUCGUAAUGGUAAGGGCACUCCGUAUGCUGUUAUCUUGACAUGUCACCUGAGAACAUGAUCUGUAUAAAUAUUUUACAAUGUGAAAAUAUAUUGUCAACCUACAAACAGUCCAAAAUGUGAUUUAAUACGCUUUAAAGAAAUGGAAGGGACUGAAUUUAACUGGCAUUAGAUUAAGUUUCAUAUAUUAAAAACAAAUUAAUUUGUUUAUCGGUGUUACCAUUUACUACAUACACAUAUAGACUGUAAAAGUUGAAAGUGAUUUCACUGUUAUGCACUUUAUUUUUUGCAUUCUUCUUAGAAAACCAAAAUAAUUGUAAACAUUUUUGGGUUUGAAUUCUAAAUGAUGCAGUUGUUUAAAUUGUGAAUACUGCAAGAAAAUGUCUAUAUGAAAAUAUUCUCACUGAUAUUUAUAAGGAAUUACAAAAUUUCUGUGGUCUAAGGCUUUGAAAAAUCAUCCUUUAGAAAAUCUAAGAAUUGGAUCAGCCUGGAAUUAACUGAACUCAUAGACUCACACAAAGGAUAACAAAGGAAAUAUUCUAAAUGCAGACAAGAAUAUGAAAUUAUGCUGCCUAGGGUUAGUUUGUGGUUUAUAAAGUGCUAAGACCUUGUACUUGCAGUACAUACAAAUGGCACAGUGCAUUCUAAGGAACAUUAGGAGCGUGUUGCAAGUAUUGGGCCAUCCUUAUUUUUCCAAAGUCUCCAAAAAUAUAUAUAUUUUUUUUAACAAGAGUAAUGUAAAGUAUACCUCCUUAUGCAAGUGUUACUGAUAGAAAUUGUUACAUUUUCUUUUAAUAAACAAAAGGGACAAAA